AUGGCUGUUACAAUUUUUGAACAAGAAGUUGAUUUAGAACAGGCGUUUCAGGAUUUUGAAGAGCUCUUGAAUUCUAAUCAAUUAACUUUACUGAGUGAUAUGGUCAUUGAUAGUGAAUGUAGUGAUCGUGAAGUCGUGCAUGGUAUAGGAAUUAAUAGUAACUGUAGUGCUCGCAAAGUUCUGGAUGAGGAAAUGACAAUUGAUGAGGAAUGUACAAUGAAAGAAGUGGUGCUUCCUAAAAUUGUGACAAGAAGUGUCUCUAAGCGUUUUUGUGCUGCAAAUAAUGAAAAAUGUACAGUGACAGAAGUGGUGCUUCCUAAACUUCUGAAAAGAGAUUUAGAAGAAGACUUUGAGGUUCCUGUCGCUAAACGUUUUUGUGCUGCGGAUGACGAGGAAUUGGAAAUUAAUGAAAAAUGUACCAAGAAGACUUUAAGGGUUCCUGUCGCUAAACGUUUUUGUGCUGCGGAUGACGAGGAAUUGGAAAUUAAUGAAAAAUGUACCGUGACAGAAGUUGUGCUUCCUAAACUUCUGAAAAGAGAUUUAGAAGAAGACUUUGAGGUUCCUGUCGCUAAACGUUUUUGUGCUGUGGAUGACGAGGAAUUGGAAAUUAAUGAAAAACUGGAAUUAUCCGUGAAAGUCGGGUCUUCUUAUUUUUUAUUAUUCGACUCGAGGGAUGUUCCAAACUUUUUCUCUAUCAUCGAGAAACUUGCUGAGCCUUUCAAAAAUAUGGAUAUUUGGAAGCCUAUAGAGGGAAAUUUUCCCCCUUUUAUAAUAUCAUUCCAAUCAAGGAAAUUUCGAGGAAUGAAGUGGUGGUCCAGUAUUCCUAAUAAUGAAAUAAUUAGAUUAAUUAUACAACGACAAAUGUCUGCACAUAGACCAGAAGGCCUUUUUUUCUUGGGAGGAAAAUAUUUUACUUUUCCUAAAUACAAUAUUCAAAUUGUUGACAAGGAAAUGGUCAGUUGGCAUGGCAGCAGAAGAAUAUUUAUAGAGAUUCCUAAGAUUAAAUACGGGACCCAUCAAAUUUCACUACCUUUCGAGUUAGCUUCAAAGAGAAACUGUAUUGUUCAAGAGCACAAGUCUUUAUUUAGUGCUUUCUACAAUACUGAUGAGUGCUUCUUUUUCUUUAAUCGCAAGAUGAAAUUUGUGCGAAAUUCAUUGAUUAGAAUUGGUGAAUAUAAUGAUUGGUAUGGUCCAGAUUUACAAUUAUUAUCCCAUGAAGACACAAAGGUGAUAUAA